UUUGAUCAUCAAAAACAAAGCCACGGAAUCCCAUGCACACGCGUCCGAAAUCUCUCAAUUACACCUAACCCCUUUUCUCUUCCUUCUCAUCAGCUCUUUCCACCUCCCUUCACUCUCUCUACAUAACUUACUUUCAUUUUUUCAGAACUGUACAAAAUAAAAUUUUACUGAGGAAAAAAGAUAAACUGAAAAAGGAUCGAUCUUUUUUCUCAUAGUGGGAGCCCGAAAACCCAGAAAAAAGCAGCAAAAAGAUCUGACCAAACCCAUUUAGCCAAAAGGGUUUUUGGGGAUUUCAGUUUAUUUGAUUGUUAUUUAAAUUAAGCGGUGUAACGAGGACAGGGGAGAGGGGAGGUAUAGACAAAAGGGGUGAUUAAAAGCAAACAAAAAAAGGGGGAAAAAAGAGGGAGAAAAGGUUAGAAGUGCUUAUUAAAAAAGGUGGGUGGGUUUGUGUAAUUGAUUUUUGUUUGCAUGUUUAUCGACGACUAUUGAAAGGGUUUUUCAUUUUUGGCUAUUUGCAUGUCGGUAUUUGAAGAUAUGAGUGAUUCUUCCUUUUUGCUGAAAUUUUAGUGAGGAUUAAGCGUGAAAAUCGGGGAAAAAGCUGGUGUCUUUUUUUCUCCCUCCCUCUCUUUCUUUGGAUUCUUUUCUUUUUGUGGGAAUUGGUGGAAGUUAGUUACUGAUGAUUACAGAGAUUUGCAUUCAUGGAUUCCGUGCUCCUUGAAUUCUUUUGAUUUCUUGGCUUAGAUACCGCAGAGGGAUUUUUUUAAAAACCUUGAAUCCACCCUUUCUAGUAUUAGUCCAAAGAUUCAAUCUUUUUCCAGUUAUUGCUGUAAAGAAGCAGUAUUGUGGUUGGAGUUCCUGACUGUGUUAUUGCAGGCAACUUUAUGCUGAGGAAAAGAUCUAGGCCUAGUACUUGUAAACAAGCUCUAAUGGCGGAUUAUGGCACUUUGUCUUCUCCAAGGGACAAUCCUAAGAAGCCCAUUUCUUCUCUAUUCAGUUCGCCGAGGUUGUUUACUGGUUUUGCCUCCAAGGGGUUGACUGAUUCUGAGUCUUUGAUGAGCCCAACUUCUAUACUUGAUGGCAAGCCAUUUUCUGCAAUUAGGAGUCCUUUCUGGUCGGAUUCAACCACACCCAGAUCCUAUAAACCGGAGAAUAAACUUCAUUUGGAGAAGUUGGACUCAAGGAGUGUGGGUCUUGGCCUUGUUGAUGCUUUGACUGAUGACAAUUAUGAUUCAAAAGUAAGCAAACCUGAGAGCAGAAUGGUGGUUUUUGGUUCACAGUUGAAGAUUCAGAUUCCCACUCUGCCUCCCUCUGUUGUUUCCCCUGUCCAAUCACCAAAUUCUCCUCCUGAUUUUGGUAUCAAAACUAGGAAUUCUCAAGUGGGAUUGUUGUCACCCGGGUUGUCAUUGCCGUCUCCUGCGAAGAAAUCGCCCUUUAGUUCCUCAAACAAUGGCCUUCUGGAAAGCUCACCAAAGAAGUUCAGUGCCCUCUCAAUCAGUGAAAUGGAGCUUUCAGAGGACUACACAUGCGUGAUUUCUCAUGGCCCAAAUCCGAAAACUACUCAUAUAUUCGAUGAUUGCAUUGUUGAAAGGUGCACCGUUGGAAUCUCUUCUUCAAGGAAGCAAAAUGGAAUUUGUUACAACCGUUCAAUGAGCUUUCCAUCUCAGAGUUUCCUCAGCUUCUGCUACAAUUGCAAGAAGAACCUUGGGCAAGGGAAAGACAUUUACAUGUACAGGUUAGACUUAAUUCUGCUUAUCUAGUUUGAUCAUGCCGGAAAAAACCCAUUGAAUAGUUAAUUGUUAGUUCAUCUCAAUACAUGAGUUUGGAGCUGACACUAUUAUGACAAAUGCAUGUUCUUGUUGGAAAUGUUUGAAGGGAAUCCACCAAAUUUCUUGUACUUAAGCACUAAUGAAUUUGUCAAUUAAGCUCAAUCUAAUUAUUUGUGUCAAAAUUUCUUUUUGUUUCAGAGGUGAGAAAGCAUUCUGCAGUAGUGAAUGCAGGGACAAGCAGAUGAUGCUGGAGGAAGGAAUGGGAAUAUCAGAGUAUGAUGAUGUAUUUGGUAUCUCCUCAUCAUGACAAUUCUCCAUGCCUGCAAAUUGUCCUAGUAGUACUACUAAUAAAACACCAAUAUGGGUUCUCAUCCUCUUUUUAGCUAGAAGAAUUGAUCAGUUAUGGUUUUUUCCAUACAUCAAUGAUAUGACAGAAUCAAGGCAAACACCAUAGAAGUCCUUAUUAUGUAUAUGUUAGAGAGCAGUGAAGUCUGUUUUUGGUAUCUUUUGUUAUGCAAAUUCAUGCUUCUGUUUUAGGUGUUCUUUUCCUUUUUUUUGUUCUGGUGCAGUGCCUCCUACUCAAUAAGGCAAGUACUGUGAUUAGGCAUUGAGAAAAAAAAAAAAAAGAAAAAAAGAAGCAAAGAUGAUUGUAGUAGAAGUAGGUGAUUUGUUGUGUCUAAAGUUUGUAGCUUUGAACAUUUGGAUAUGAAUGAAUAGAUGAUGCUGAUUAUGCUUGUUAGUAAUCUACUCAAAAAUACACAUUGUUGUAGUAAAACUUAUUUUAGUCCAUUUUAUGGUAGUGUUUGAUACAAUAUGUGGAUUAUUAAGAUUAUUGUACUGUUUGUUUGUUACAGUAUGGCGAAUUAUUAUGGUGGAAAGGAUUGAUUUUUUUUUUUUGUUUUUUUGUUUUUUUGCGAAGCAAGGGUAUUAGUAAUAGUAUUAUAGUUUCGGUUUCUAGUACUGGGUAUAAUGAAGCUAUAAAUUAAUCAGUCUCACAAUAAUUAUGUACACAUCAGAUGGACCAAUGAUUUCAACUUGGCAGAUUCUUUUCUUUUCUUUUUUUUCUUUGGCAAUGUCCCUUUCAAGGAUGUCAUCAUCCCCC